AUGACGAAAGAUCUUCCUAAGUAAGCUUGUAAAUAUGCAUGACGAAAAAAAAGUUUUUUUCAGAAUCGCACAACAGAGAAGACUUAUUUUGAUUCGUUUUUAGGACGCCAUCUGUUACGUGGUUACGGUCCAAAUGGACAACGUUAAAGAAAGCCGUUCCAAAUUACACCGAGUGUGAUUUUGAAGGUAAGGCAGCUUAACCGUUUACAUUUGCGAUAGACUGCACUUGACUUUAGUCUGUCUAGACGGAUCAUCCAUCCUUAUACGUUCUCAACCUGAAAUCGUACAUUUUACCGUAAAAGGAGAUUUUUUUACUUUUUAUCUAGAAAUUCUGGACUACCUCUACAAUACACACCGACCAUUUCUCAAGAAGAAAACGACAGAGAAUGUCGAACACUCGUGA